GCGAGCCUAGCCUGGCGGAGAGCAGAAGCCACCACCAGCAGCAGACCGUGGCUACCCAGCACCUGUCCAGACAGGAAGCUGGCCCAGGGCUGUGAGGCUGGGCCAGCGCCAGGGAAGGCCAGGCAUGGGGCCUCCCAGGACCUAGGGACAGUAUUGGCUCUGAAGAGACUAAGAACCCCGGAUUCCUCUGGUGGCAGGGCUUUGGCCUCUGGACAGAGGUCCCUGGAUGUCACAGGUCAGAACCAUCCUGACCCCCGAGGCCUGCACUCACGGCCCAGGCCUAGCUGCUGCCUCUGGACAGCCUCUCCCCCGGGGGCAUGGGCACCCGAGACGAUGUCACCUCAGCCAAGGUUUUGGCUCCAGUGGCUGUGUAUUGUGGGAGUGUCCCUAGGACCAGUGCUGGGCCCCGAGGGACCCCGCCUGGAGGCAUCAACUCCAAUCUGCCAGCUUAUGGAGAAGCCUCCCUCCAGCCUGUGCCAAGUGUCCUGGUGAGCAAUGAGAAGCCACCAGAGAUCUUGAGCGGCCAUGGGGAUGCAGGCAACCUCAAACUGGACAUCCCUCCAAAGGACUGGAAGGCUAGGAAUGGCCACCCCAGGAAUCUUGGAGCUCUGACUUUAGGGCCUUGCCCCCUGGCACCUGCUACCUCUCUGGAGUCAGAGGCCAACAGUGUGGCCCGGGACACCAUCCAGAUCAAGGACAAGCUCAAGAAACGGAGGCUUUCAGAGGGCAUGGCGGCACCUUCAAGAGCCUUGCUGGAUCCCGGGGGAGGCCCUAAAGGUGUUCUUCUGAGGAGCACCAUCCCGCGCACCACCUCUCAGAGGCUGCUGAAGGUGCCCAGGCCGAUGCCUCCCAUCCAGAGCAUCCCCACCACCCCAGAGGCCAGCGGAGCCAAAGAGAAGAGCCUGGACCUGCCGGGGAAUGGGAAGGGUCCCCAGGAGGUGGCUCCUGGCAGAAGGAGCCGAGUAUCCAGCAUAGGACGCUUCCAUGGACCAGGACCCCUCUGCUCCCAGGUGCAGAUUUCCCCGCAAUACCUGCAUUGCAAUGACGAGAAGAUGCUGAAGUCGCUGGGAGGCAUCGUGAUCCCACCCAUCCCAAAGGCUGGGAUGCCUGCGGGGACCUCCUCUAGUCGGUCUGGCUCCCUUCCCAGUCCCUUGCCUCCAGGAGGCCAGCACGUCCUCACAGGACUGAGGGUCCCACCCACACGAUUGGUUCGGGAGAGUGGGCCUCGGGAGAAGACCCCUAGAUCUUUGGAGCCCAAACCUUUGGCUCCACCCAUCAGAGACAGGUCUGCCACCUCCUCCGAGAAGCCUGUCCUGGCUUCAUCACAGUCUGCCCCUACGCUGACAGCCUUCUCUUUCAACCACGCCAAAGAAGCCCACCCCUUGUUAAAAGAAGAGGACCAGAAGGAGACCAGCACCAAGAUCCAAGUCACCAUCUCCAAGUCUGCACAGGAAAAAAUGCGGCUGAAGCAGAUGAGAGAGAUGGAGUUGUUCCGGAGGACAAAGGAGCCUGACAGGGAGAAGGAACUUGCUUCCCAGGCCCCUGGCUCGAGGAGAACCCUAGUGAAGGAAGGCCUCCUUCCCCUACGGGGCAGUGGGACCCUGUCUGUACCCACCAGGAUGAACAGCCCACGCAGAAACAACAUUGGCAUCAUCUUGAGGAAGCGGGCCAACCGGUCCUCUCUGCCCAGCAUCCCCGUCAGCAAGCAGGAGCCCAGCUUUGCCCGCCAUGCUUCAGCUAACUCCUUACCUGCUGUGCUCACUCUGGGGUCUCCUGAAUGGGAGGACGAGGAGGACGAGAUGGGUCUGAGAGCCUUCAAGGAGUUGAGGCCUUUCUCGAACCCAGAGCUGGGUUUGAUGGACGCCCUCCAGUGCCUCAACAGCAGUGAUUGGCAGAUGAAGGAGAAGGGCCUGGUGAGCGUCCAGCGCCUGGCGGCCUGUCACUCGGAGGUCCUGGCUGGGAGGCUGCACGAUGUGUCCUUGGCAGUGACUGGGGAGGUCUCCAACCUCCGCUCCAAGGUGUCCCGCCUGGCCAUCAGCACCCUGGGUGACCUUUUCCGGGCUUUAAAGAAGAACAUGGACCAAGAGACUGAGGAGAUCACCCGCUGCCUGCUCCAGAAGAUGGGGAACACCAGCGAGUUCAUCCAGCGGGCAGCCAACCGGGCCCUGGGUGCCAUGGUGGAGAACGUGACCCCUGCCCGUGCCCUUGUGGCCCUCACCUCAGCAGGCAUUUACCACCGGAACCCAUUAGUUCGGAAAUGCACCGCUGAGCACCUUUCAGUCGUCCUGGAGCAAAUUGGUGCAGAGAAACUUCUCUCAGGCCCGAGGGACAGCACUGACAUGCUGGUGCACAACCUGGUGAGGCUGGCUCAGGACUCCAACCAGGACACCAGGUUUUAUGGCCGGAAGAUGGUGAAUAUCUUGAUGGCCAAUGCUAAGUUUGAUGCAUUUCUGAAGCAGUCCCUCCCGUCACAUGACUUGCGGAAAGUCAUGGCAGCCAUCAAGCAGCGGGGGACAGAAGAUAAUCAUGAACUUCCAUCUGCCAAAGGUCGAAAGGUGUUGAGGAGUCUGGUGGCAUAUGAGAACGGCCUACCCACCGAGGACAGGCUUGGCUCCAAUGGCCCACGGCGGGUGGGGUUGCGCUCCUCGGCGUGGGGAGGUGUGGAGGCAGAGGAGCAGCUGCGGGAGCUGGUGAGGCUACUGGAGGCCAAGGAGUACCAGUCGCGGAUGGAUGGUGUGGGGCGGCUCCUUGAGCACUGCAAGACCAAGCCAGAGCUCAUUAUUGCCAACCUGGUCCAGGUCUUUGAUGCGUUCACUCCAAGGCUUCAGGAUUCCAACAAGAAAGUGAACCAGUGGGCCCUGGAGUCCCUUGCCAAGAUGAUCCCCCUCCUCAAACACAGCGUGCAUCCCAUGCUGCUCUCCCUCAUCAUGGCGACUGCAGACAAUCUCAACUCAAAGAACUCGGGGAUCUGCACCGCUGCGGCUGCUGUGCUGGAUGCAAUGAUGGAGAGCCUGGACCACCUUUGCCUCUUACCAGCGUUUGCCGGGAGGGUGCGCUUCCUGAGUGGCCGCUCAGUCCUGGAUAUCACAGAACGCCUAUCAGUGCUGGUGGCCUCAGUUUAUCCCCAAAAGCCUCAGGCUGUGGAGCGGCAUGUUCUUCCUGUCCUCUGGUACUUCCUGAACAGCCUGACCCUGACUGGAAAUGGCAUCCUGCCUGGGCGUGGUGGGAAUGUCCGCACGGUGGUGUGUCAACUGUCUCGGAGCCUCCAGGAGCAAAUGGGCUCCCGCCUGCAGGACUUUGCCAUUGGGCAGCCAAAGCAAGUCCUUAAAAUGCUCCAGGAACUCUUAGACACAGAAUCCCCAGGAGGCGGCCACAAGGUCACCAACAGGGAGACACCACCUGACAGCAAGAUGACUGGCAGCUCAUGCUGAUUUCAGCUGGAUUAAAGAUGGGCCUGAAAUGGGCCAUUGUUAUUUUUUACCUUAUUUUAUUUUUAUGAUGGAAUAAUCUCCUGGUCUACUUUCCCCUUAGAGUCCCAGAUGUACACAGUAUAUUUUGAAGUAGAAAUAGAAGAAUUUGUUAUUUUUCUAA